AUGAUCUUUAUUUUGUUUCUUAUUUACCUGAAUAUUUCUUCCAUUUCACCUCGUGCAAUACAAAUUACAACAAAUAAUAUCGAAUCGACAUUGUCUUCAAAUGAAUUUGUUUUAAUCAAUUUCUAUGCCAAUUGGUGUCGAUUUAGUCAAAUUCUCAAUCCAAUUUAUGAUCAAUUAGCUGACAAAGUCAAUGAACUAUAUUCCAAGAAUAAUUCGAUUCUCAUCGGAAAAGUCGACUGUGAUCAACAAAGUUCAAUCGGUGAAAAAUAUCAUAUUGACAAAUAUCCAACUAUAAAAUAUUUUCGUCAUGGAAUUUUGAUCAAAAAAGAAUAUCGUGGAUCGAGAACACUUGAAUCUUUAUUAAAUUUUAUUCAAAAACAAAUUCAAUCGCCAAUUGUGAAUUUAAAUCAAAUAGAAAACAAAUAUUCUUAUAUUGUUGGUCAUUUUAACAAUACGAAUUCGAAGAGUUAUCAAAUCUUUUCAAAAAUCGCUAAACUUCUACAAGAUGAUUGUCAUUUUGCUCAAUCCUUUUCAGAAAAUGAUCACGUUUAUUAUCAACCAUCUCAAUUUUCUCAUGAAACCAACGANUUGUUCCGAAAUUAA